AUGACUCCAAAACCGCGUUGCGAGCCCCGAGAAAACGAGCUCACUUCAGCUGAGAGUCCACUCCUUGACGCUGAAAGGCCAGCAGGGUACACGAGCCUUCCUUUACCUGAAGAACCUCAAGCCGUUUCAUGGGCAUCUAUACCGAAGAAAGGCCAAUUGGCUAUCAUCGUACUGGCUCGACUGGCAGAGCCCCUGAGCGAGCGUUCACUGACAUCGUACCUCUUCUACCAGCUACGAUGGCUCAGCCCGGGGCUUGAACCAUCUGAAAUUGCGAAACAAGCGGGAUAUCUAACUGCUGUGUUUGCUGCUGCCCAGUGUUUGACAUCCAUGUGGUGGGGACGAGCUGCAGAUCACCCUCACCUGGGACGCAAACGAGUUCUGAUAAUUGGUCUUUCUGGGUCUGCUUUGUCUGCGCUUGGGAUGGGCUUCUCGACAUCGAUCUACUUUGUGUUUUUGUUUCGAUUCCUGGCUGGCGCUCUCAAUGGAAAUGUUGGCGUGCUUAGAACGAUGAUAUCCGAGAUUAUUGAUGACAAACGGCAAGUUGAGUUUUGUUUCAGCAUUCGUCAACCAAAUUCUAACAUCUCUCAUAGAUACCAGUCUCGAGCCUUUCUUCUUCUACCAAUGUGCUUUAAUGUCGGUGUCAUCAUUGGGCCACUUCUCAGUGGGUUUCUUGCCGACCCCAUUCACUCCCUCCCGAACGUAUUCGGGCCCGGGUCAGCAAUUGGUGGCACCGAUGGCGUUUGGUGGAUGGCAAAGUUCCCAUACGCGCUACCGAACUUGCUUUUCUCGACCAUCCUCAGUAUGGCAGCUCUUGGAAUUGUUCUCGGCCUUGAUGAAACCCACCCACAGCGACGCCAUUUGCCGGAUUUUGGACGUAAGCUCGGGAGGCUCCUGACGGGAAGACUGCUAAAGCAUCAAGAACCUGGAUACGUGCUCAUCUCAGACGAUGAUUAUUCUGGGACAACCGUCUGCAAUGACGAUCAUGAGGCAACAGGCGCCGAUCGACCGAAGCUCGUUGACAAACCACGGCCCCCUUUUAAAGCUAUAUUCACAAAACAGGUGACUCUGGCAUUGAUGCUACUGUUUUUGCAAUCAAUCCAUGUCUCCGCGUUCAAUUCCAUCUUGUUCAGUCUUCUCCCCACUCCGAAAGCAGCGAAAGACGGCUUUGAGCUACCAUUCCGCUUCACCGGUGGCCUCGGACUCUCCACGCAGAAAAUAGGAUUUGCUAACACAACGAUCGGACUUAUUGGACUCCCGCUACAGCUGAUUCUCUACCCAAUCAUCACGUCUCGAAUUGGGGUCAAGAGAUCGUAUCGCAUGUUUCUCCCGGCUAGCAUUGGCGCAUACGUCCUCCUCCCUUACCUGGUGCUGCUGCCCGAGGACACAAGAAUCAUCUGGACGUGUCUAUCCGUCGUACUGGUCUUACAGGUUGUCUCUCGAACAUUUGUCAACCCAGCUACGGUGAUCCUAGUCAACAAUUCUGCACCGAGUCCCAAUCUGCUUGGCUCUGUGCACGGGUUCGCAACCAGCGUCUCAAGCGCUGCUCGCAUUGUAGGUCCGACGGUCGGUGGCUCGAUGCUGGGAUGGGGUCUCUCGCACAAUUUUGUUGCUUUGCCUCUCUGGAUACUGACCAUCCUGGCCGCCAUGAACUGGAUGCUCCUCGUGUAUAUCCAGGAGGUGCAAAUGUAA